CACGCCCUCCGCCCACCCUCACCUUCACGAGCUCGCGCUUUGGGUUAUCGAAGGAUAGGCAGGCACUGCUGUGCGCGCGCGCCCCCUCUCGCUCCCUGCACCUUCAGCCCACAGUCACCGUUACAGGCUCGAGACACCCGCGGAGUGCGAGGAGGAUUCUGGGUACACCCCGUGUAUGUGCGGCAACAACAUGUCCGCACCCCUGCCUGCCAUUGUGCCUGCUGUCAGGAAGGCCACGGCCGCGGUCAUAUUCCUGCAUGGCCUGGGAGAUACUGGGCAUGGCUGGGCAGAAUCGAUGGCAAGUAUCAGAAGUCCACAUGUCAAGUACAUCUGCCCACAUGCGCCCGUCAUGCCAGUCUCCCUAAAUAUGAACAUGGCAAUGCCUUCCUGGUUUGACAUAUUUGGGUUGUCUCCAGAUUCUCAUGAAGAUGGUGCAGGCAUCAAGCAAGCAGCAGAGAACAUUAAAGCUUUAAUAGACCAAGAAGUAAGGAAUGGGAUUCCUUCAGAUAGAAUCAUUUUGGGAGGCUUUUCUCAGGGAGGAGCAUUGUCACUGUACACUGCUCUUACUUCAACGCAGAAGUUAGCAGGUAUUAUCGCACUGAGUUGUUGGCUUCCAUUGAGGUCUUCUUUUCCUCAGGCUGCUGUGAAUAGUGCCAACAAAGAUACAUCUGUUUUACAAUGUCACGGAGAAAGUGAUCCACUGGUUCCCCUCAUGUUUGGCUCUUUAACCUCACAGAAACUGAAGACCAUAAUAAACCCAGUUAAUGUUAAUUUCAAAACCUAUUCAGGAUUGACACAUAGCUCAUGCACCCAGGAGAUGUCCGACAUCAAGCAAUUUAUCGAGAAACAAUUACCUCCUGUCAAUUGACCACCUCCCAAAUGCCUUCCUGAAAAGUACACCAGCAGCAAUCACUGUACUCUAAACCCUUAAGCAAGAAAGCAUAUUAAUAAUUGGAAAGUCAUUCACAGGGGAGAUAAGAACAUCAUUAUGAUGUAUCUGUUUAACAGAGGCUGUACAAGACCGCUGACUGCACGUAAUAUCAAAUAUAGUGAUCUAUGGGUUGAAAUCUUCCCUACAAUGCAAGGGCUACUAAACCUUUUAUUACAGAUAGGCCUUUAGCACCAUAUAGCAGAGAUAUCAUUAACUUAGCAUGGUAAAAUAUUGCUGUACAUGAGCACAUUAACGAAGUUCAAGGCUCAUUUUGUAUUACUUUUACUCAUGUUAUAUUUACUUUUUCUGGAAAACGUGUCCAGCAUAUAGUUUUGCAUUGGUCGUAGGUUUUCUCAAUAUCCCUGGAAAUUUGGCUUCUGUGCUAUGUCUCCAGUUGUUAUAUUUCUUUGAACAUAUGUUCUUUCAAACAUACACACUCUUUACUUGAAAAUUCCUUUUCCACUGAUGGAAUAUCAGUUAGCAUGUUCUAGAGAAAUAGGAGGCAUUCUUGUCUCCUUCAACCGUGAGACAUUAUAAUCCAAUUAAACUG